ACAAUUUGUGACCAUUCUACCCAGUGACACCCAAAGCCGGAUAAGGAAGGACCAUCUACAGAGCAUUGAGGAGGCUGUGGUCCUGGUAGAACACUUGCAGAGGGAAUCUUGUCAAACGAGGAAUGGGGACAUCUAAGGCAGGACCAGAAACCAAAAACCCACAGCAGUAAUCCACAGGUUUCACAGAUCCUUGGCAGAUACUUCCUGGCCUUCGAGAAGAAUUGCUUUUGUGCUCUUUAGAGCCAGAGUUCAUCAAGAGUAGUAAGUCUAGUUUGGCUUGUCCAAGGACAUGGGUUUUGGGCUCCAAAUGAAUAAAAGAUAGUAAGGAGCUGGAGAGGAAGAGGACUUGGAAAAGGGUGAACACUUAAAAUGAAAGUUGAGUGGAGAUAGUAAGGAGAAGGAAAACCCAAAUAAUUGGAGAAGAAUGCAAAGGGAGAGAAAAUUAGGCAGAAGAAAGGGAAACAUUUGAAAAUUCUAGCAGAGUAGCUGAAAAAAGAAAUACGUUGAGGGAUAGUGUCCUCUGACUCAUAGGAGAGAGGCUCCACAGUGCUCUCGAUGGUCCUUGGAUCUGCUGGGUAAUGGGGAACAUGUCCCUAGCCAGGUGGCAGAACAGUAACUGGCUUCAGGCCUACUGGGGGGAAUAAAGGGCAGGCAUAUGUUUAAGGCCAAAAUCAUUCAGAGGUUGGCUGGGGCCAAAUCUUCUUUCAUUUCAUCCCUGUUCUGUGAAAACCUUGCCUGGGUAUGGGGAUAAUCUGGUGGAGGAGACCACUUCCUUUGUCAAUUUUUUAAUCUUUUGAGAAAAUGAGAAGACAGAAAAACACUAAAGAGGGAUUUUUUUUUUUUUUUUAAAUUCAUGAGAGACACAGAGAGAGAGAGAGAGAGGCAGAGAAAGAAGCAGGCUCCAUGCAGGGAGCCCGAUGUGGAAUUUGAUCCUGGGUCUCCAGGAUCAUACCCUGGGCCCAAGGCAGGUGCUGAACUGCUGAGCCACCCGGGCUGCCCACUAAAGAGGGAUCUAAGCCAAGAGAAAGCCUGUCAACCUAGUAUGAGAACAGGUGGCCUAUUGUAGCCCUGUUAGUGAUCUAAGCUGGUCUAUAUGCAUAUGGGUGGGGCCUGCUGUGUCAGAGGCCUAGCAAUAGCCACAUUUUCCCCCCUUGUAUCCUAAUAUUGCAACAUUCUGGGUAGCUCUCUGUAGAAAAUUGGCCGAAUUUAAGCCUUUUGUCAUUUCCUUUAGUGUCACACACUUUCCAUCAUCUGGACUAUUCACUUUUUCUUCCUUUUACAAUCAACCCCGAAACUAAAAGUAAUUUUUGUGGUAACAAAAAUGGGGAUUAUUUCUAGGUUGCUGUCCAAGAGCUGGGAAAGGAGGCAGUGCUCUUGGGAGAAACAGCAGAAUCCCAACCAGUGGGCAUGGCCCAGGAUGAAGAAUUCUGGAAUACAUACCAGGGUCUGCAAGAACAGCUGAGCAGGGAUAUUCAUAAAGAAACUGAGCCUGUAUGUGAGAGGGUUGUGCCGGCUCACCAGAUCCUAGCAUUUCCUGUGCAGACAAAUGCCACAGACCGGACAGUGGCACCCAAGCUCAUCUUACCUGAGUCCCAGAGCUUGUUGACAUUUGAAGAAGUGGCCAUGUAUUUUUCCCAGGAAGAAUGGGAGUUACUGGAUCCCACUCAGAAGGCCCUCUACAAUGAUGUAAUGCGAGAAAACUAUGAGACUGUCAUCUCUCUAGCUGUGCCUGUUCACAAGAUCCUAGCCUUUCCUGAGCAGAUAAUCACCAAAGAAUCGACAGUGGCACCUGAGCUCAUCUUGCCUGAGUCCCAGGUGAGCUGUGUGAUCCAGCUAUUGAGGGCUCCCUUGCUGCCCAGGACCCACAUUGUUGUGCAGAGCUUGUUGACAUUUGAAGAAGUGGCCAUGUAUUUUUCCCAGGAAGAAUGGGAGUUACUGGAUCCCACUCAGAAGGCCCUCUACAAUGAUGUAAUGCGAGAAAACUAUGAGACUGUCAUCUCUCUAGCAUUAUUUGUGCUCCCCAAACCUAAAGUGAUCUCCUAUCUAGAACAAGGAGAAGAGCCAUGGGUUCAAGGGCCCUUGGAGUUCAAGGACAGUCUUGGAGAGCUGCCUACAGGGUUAAAGCUCAAAACUGACACUGAGAACCAUCAGCCUGUAUGUCUUUCUGACUUAGAAAUACAGGCACCAGGAGACAUCGUAUCAAAAAAGACCAGAGUGAAAGUUCUCCAGAAAAUGACAGGCAAGGAAAAUCAUGGUGAUACACACAGGAUGGGGAAGUGGCACCGAGAUUUUCCCAUAAAGAAAAGAAAGAAACUUUCAAGCUGGAAACAAGAGUUGCUAAAACUUAUGGAUCUUCAUAAGAAAGCCCGUGUUGGAGAAAAGCCAUUUAAAUGCCAGGAAUGUGGGAAAAGCUUCAAAGUUAGCUCUGACCUUAUUAAACACCAAAGAAUUCACACUGAAGAGAAACCAUAUAAAUGUCAACAGUGUGAUAAGAGGUUUAGAUGGAGUUCUGAUCUUAAUAAGCACUUAACAACCCACCAAGGAAUAAAACCAUACAAAUGCUCCUGGUGUGGGAAAAGCUUCAGUCAAAAUACAAAUCUACAUACACACCAAAGAACUCACACUGGAGAGAAGCCCUUUACAUGUCAUGAAUGUGGAAAAAAAUUCAGUCAGAACUCCCACCUUAUUAAACAUCGGAGAACCCACACAGGUGAGCAACCAUAUACUUGUAGCGUGUGCAGAAGAAACUUCAGCAGGAGAUCAAGCCUUCUUAGACACCAGAAACUCCACCGCUAAACUGAACAGAAGCUUAUCCAGGGUCCUCAUUCUGAAGAAAUUCACCAAAUAGAGGUGACCAUGAGGUUUACAAAACAAAAUACAAAAGCAUGAAUAAUACUUAAUCAGUGAAAAAUUUAGUGAUACAAAUAUAUUUAACAGAAAGGAAUCAAGGUUGACUCUGCCAGGGAUUCCUGUAAGUAGUUUUGUACUAUUCACAUUUUUACACAUAACCUUCAGGGAAUUCAUUAGCAAGAAAGGUGUUGAAAGAAACAUUUUUGCAAUUCUACCUGGCAAAAUCGCCAAUACAGCUUUUAAUAGCAGAAGCAUACAUGAAUCAAUCUUUUGUGACUACAGAUGGUAAAUACUGUUGGUUUUGCCAUGAAUUCCCAGCCAGCUUUAAACACAUUGAUAGAAACAUUUGUAGCAUGGUCUUCCAAAAGAAAAAGCAAUAACCUGCAUGUUUAAUUGCAUACCAUUGCCUUCAAGGUACUAGGAUUACCUAUUUCAAGAGAUCUAUGACACAAAAAUGAAUUGUCAAAUUUUCCAAGAACCAAAUUGGAUUUUCAUCCUCUCCCAUGUAAUUGGACACUCUUCCCAAAAUUGGACAUGAUUUGAGUUCCUUGAACAUUUUAGCAACUUUAGCUCUUGAAUCCUUUUAGCACCAUUUUUACUGUGAUGAGAUGUAAUUUACUUCACCACUAGGGAAUCUGCCAGAUAAAAUACUAAUGCACUAUCUUAUACCUCAUUGGUAGUGUUUGAAAAAGAUAAACAUCUCUAAUGAGAUCAUAUGAAAACGGGUUGGAAUGUUUAGCCAUGGAUUAUGUAUUACGUGUAAAGAAAUUUCUGCAGUAAAAGAAAGUAGACCUUAUAAUCUCAGUAUGAUAAAACAUAGAGCACUUUUUUUUGGCCUAAAAGAAAAUUAACAGGAGUUCAGGAUGAGCUCAUGAUUUUAUUUGCUUUUUCAUUUGGCUUUCGUUUGUCUUUAAGAAAAAGGACAGGGGCACCUGCAGGGCUUACUUGAUUAAGUACCUUUAGCUCAGGUCAAUGAUCUCAGUUCCUGGGAUCCAGCCGAGAAUCUCGGCUCCUUGCUCAGUAAGGAAUCUGCUUUUCCCUUAUCCUCUCCUGCCUCUCCCCACCAUUCGUGCACCCACACGUGCUCACGUCUCAAAUUAAAAAGCACACACACAAACACACAAGGAUAGCGUUAUGCUUAGGAACUGCAGUGUGUGCUGCCUGUAUGAUACGGUUUACUGGGUGUGGCAGGAGAUUGGGUUCCCAAGAGGAAAGGUUUGGGAAGUGAUGCUGAGUGGUAGGCAAAGAUGAGUGAAUCUGCAUUCAUAUUGUCUUUCACUGUAAACCAUUACUAGGCAGGCAGAGUCCAUCUGUCUCUUUACACAGCGUUUAACAAGAGCCUUAAUUGGCAACUAAUAGAUGGCUGAAUAUCUCUAUGGGCUGUGGAUCGUCUUAGGACUCCUGUCUACAACAGUGACUCAGCAUGUGUUCCUAUUGGAGGUUUUAGGUGGUGUCAGGAAGGGGGUUAAAUGAUCUCUUCCAAAUACCUUAUGAAAGAUGAAGUUAAGGCUCAGAUACAAGGACUUCUUCAAGAUGGUAGGCAGUGAGUCGGCUGUCCCUUAGCUGCAUCAGUGAGCCCUGAAAGCACGAUUAACAGGAUGUGUACUUACCCCUGCAGGGCACUGGAUGACAUUGUGUUGUAUCUGUUUCUAACUAUAGAACAUUCCUGUGGCUUGAUUGGUUGCCAAAACACUGCGGUCUCCAUGUUCUCUAUUUCAACUCAGGGUUAUUCUAGGACAAGAGGAGUUGCUGAAAGAAAAGCACCUCACAGCCUGGCCAGUGGUGGAUGCUCAGCCCAUGUGCAUUUGUUUCCCUUUCCCCUGCUCCCCAGUGAUCUGCUGGGCAGACUGCAGUAAGGAAGCAGAUGUAUUUAUGGCACUGUAGGUGGUGAUUAUGCUCAGUUGAUUUAGUCCUUGGCCUCAGUACAUCAGUACAUUAUGGUGUAAGUCACCUGAGCUGGUGCUCUCAGCAGGAUUUUAUUUUCUUCCCCAGAUGAACUACACCAAGUAUUAGUUCAUAAGCACAGACAACUAUGAAGCUCCCUUCUACAUAGCCAUUGCCCAUCGCCCUCAUCCUUAGGCUUUGGGUACCCUGUUCUCAUCCCAGGAUACAGGUGGACAUCUUGGUGCUACGUUCAGUCGAUUUCAUGGGGGCCGCUUGUGUGCCCAGACACUGUUCUAGACUGAGAACAUAGUAGUGAGCAAAAGAGCCAAAGAUACACCCUCACAGGGCCAGUGUUCUAGUGAAGAGUAAAAGGAGUUGUUAUGGUUUUCUCCUCCCAGUUGCAGAUGAAGGAUACUUGUGGGUAAUGGGUUGUGAGCAGAAGCCCCACUUCUGGGCUAAGGCUUUUGUUUGUUGGUGCAGGACUCUGUAGUGUUCUUCCUGCAUCAGUCGUGGAAGCCCAUAUAGAAACAGGGGCCACAAAAAGUCAAAGUCAUCUGGGAUCCUGAGCCCCCCACCUCCAUGGAGAGCACCUGUAAUGGACUUUAUGGGAAUGAGAAAUAAACUUCUGUUAAACUACUGA